GAUCAGGGUCAGAUGACGUAUGAUGGUCAACACUGGCAUGCUACAGAGACCUGCUUUUGCUGCGCCCAAUGUAAGAAAUCUCUGCUGGGCCGACCAUUUUUGCCAAAGCAAGGACAGAUUUUUUGCUCCAGAGCCUGCAGCAUGGGUGAUGAUCCAAACGGUUCAGAUUCAUCAGACUCUGCCUUCCAAAGUGCCAGAGCCAAAGAAUCCCGGCGUAGUGCUAAGAUUGGGAAGAACAGGAACAAAGGAGAAGAGAACGCCAGCAGCCAGAAUAAUCAAUUGCAGGUGACCUCCAGCAGACUGUCUGCAGACGUGGACCCUCUCUCCUUGCAGAUGGACCUGCUGAGUUUGUCCAGCCAGACUCCGAGCCUAAACAGGGACCACGUAUGGAGGAGCAGAGAUGAACUCUACCACUACGGGAACAAAAUGGAGCAAAGUCCAUCACAAAGUCCUUUGCAGCUGCUCAGUCAGUGUAACGUCAGGACGUCUUACAACCCAGCACAGACACCAGGUCCUCAACAAGAACUGUGGGGUAAACAUUUCAACAACCCAAAGAGAAACACCUCUCUAGCCAUGAAAGGACAUGGUAGCAGUUUCAUUCAGGAAUGCCGAGAAGAUUAUUACUCAGGAAGGCUUCGGUCGCAGGAGAGUUACAGUGACAUGUCCAACCAGAGUUUUAGUGAAACCAGAGGGAGUUACAAGUAUGACCAAGAAGAAGACAGUAGCAUGACGGAACCGCAUUGCCGGACCAGGCAUCCACUCAGCGCGCUGAAAUUCACUGAAAAAUUGUCACGCACAGAACAAACUCCUCGGGGUUCAAUGGAGUCGCUGGCUCUUUCCAAUGCAACAGUCUGUCCACUAAGGAUAGAAUUGCUUUGCUGAAAUCCCGACCUCCUACAACACUUGAUGAAAUGGCCAGCUUCUUGAAACUGCGUCUGAUACCUCUCUGAUGUGCAAUCCAAUUAUAGUGACAAAAUAAUCAAACUCUUGUCUGCCUGCCUGCUUCCUUGCAGUCUUUUCCUAGUCUUGCAUGAGCUCUUCUAGCGUCAAAGGAUGUUCGUGAUCACGUAAAGCGGCUGAGAGUGGAAUUCUUGCAAAUAAUUUACCCGAUUAAAUAACGAGAGGUGUAUUUAUAAGAAACUUUGCAUAGGAUAUAGGAAUACAGGAUGGAGUUUUUUCCCCUCCUAGUUUUGACACUAGGUAAUAGGUAUAGAACUGCAAUUUGAA